UCGCCAUCUUGGAUUCGAGAACGUGAAAAAGUCUUUUGUGUGUUUGGAAAAAAGUGCAUUUAAAAACAAGUGGCUUGAUUUUUGGUACAAUAUAAACAUUUACCAGACCCGCAGGACAGAGUAUUAAUAAUUUAAUGAGCGCUCAACGGCAACUUGGUGUGCUACGACUACAAUAUAAUGAGCCAGGCACUCAAUGAAUCGGCGCAAAGUAUAGGCUCAGAUGAACAAAAUGACACACGUGACGAUGAGGCCAAUGACACGGAUAAUGGAAGUGCAAGUGGCAGUGGCAGCGGUUCCUCUGGCUCUGAUUCCGAUUCAGACAGUUCCUCGGGUAACUCAAGUGAUGGACGGAGCUCACCAGAGCCAGCAACGACAACAACAGCAGCAGCAGCAACAACAACAACAACAACAACAUCAGUGGUGGCUGGAUAUCCACCAACAGCAGCUGCAGCUCAAGCGGACACUAAAACAAAUGGAUUCACAGAGGAUGAAAGUUCCAGCGGUGAUUCAAGCGGCAGUGAUUCCGAUUCAGAUGAAGGAGCAGGAGGUGACCAGGCCAAAGUCAAUGCCAGCGUUAACACAAGCACCAGCAGCUCGAGCUCGGGCUCGAAACCAGAGGAAAAUCAGCAGCCAGAGGCCAGUGAGGCAUCCGCUGACGAUGAUGAUGACGACGACGAAGAUGAUGAAGACGACAAUGCCAGUGAUAGUUCUGCCAAUGCAUCGCCGUCUUCAUCCAGCAGUAGUAGUGAGGACGAGGAGGAUGACUACAGGCCUAAGCGUACGACGCGUCAGGCUCGCAAGCCAGCCGCUGCAACAGACAAGUCCAAGCGACCCCCGCCAAUCAAGAAGAAAAAGAAACAAAAUUGGGACUCGGAUGAAAGCGACGAGAGUGACGCUGAUAGCGAGGAGGCCUCCUCAAGCAUACAGAAACGAAAGGCAGCAGCUGCCUCCGCUGCUAGGAGUAAGUCAGCUCAGCAGCAGAGGCGUCGGAUAAAGUCAUUCAGUUCGGAAGACAGUGAUGAUGAUGAUGCCAGCAAACGAUGCGCAACUAGACGCACUGCCGCAGCAGUUAGUUACAAAGAAGCCUCUGAAGAUGAGGCCACUGGCUCUGAGGAUUUGCUUGAAUUUGAAUAUGAUGAGAGUCAGGCUGCAGCAUCGGCUGCUGCAGCCGAGGAGGAUGAAAAAUGUGAGACAAUUGAAAGGAUCCUGUCCCAGCGAGUGGGCAAGAAAGGAUGUACUGGCAAUCAGACGACAAUGUAUGCAAUUGAGGAAAACGGUUGCGAUCCCAAUGCCGAAUUUGAAAUGGAAAAUGCGAAAUCAAUGUCAGCAGAUGGAGAGGUGCAAUAUCUGAUUAAAUGGAAAGGAUGGUCGUACAUCCACAACACAUGGGAAUCGGAGAACACAUUGCGCGAAAUGAAGGCCAAGGGUAUGAAGAAGUUGGACAAUUUUAUCAAAAAGGAACAAGAGCAGGCCUAUUGGCGCCGCUGUGCGGGUCCAGAAGAUAUUGAUUACUUUGAAUGCCAGCAGGAGCUGCAGCAUGAGCUACUAAAGUCAUAUAAUAAUGUAGAUAGGAUAAUAGCAAAGGGUUCGAAGCCCGAGAUUGGCAGCGAGGAGUAUCUGUGCAAAUGGCAAUCGUUACCCUAUGCCGAGUCGACAUGGGAGGAUGCAACUCUAGUUUUACGUAAAUGGGCGCGCUGUGCCGAGCAAUUUCAGGAGCGUGAGUGUUCCAAAUGCACACCAUCGCGUCAUUGCCGUGUGCUAAAGUGCAGACCGAAGUUCUCGCGUAUUAAAAACCAACCUGAUUUUCUUGUCAGUGGACUAGUCUUGCGGGAUUAUCAAAUGGAUGGUCUUAAUUGGCUGCUGCAUUCGUGGUGCAAAGAGAAUUCCGUUAUCCUGGCCGAUGAAAUGGGUCUGGGCAAAACCAUACAAACCAUAUGCUUCCUAUAUGCAUUGUUCAAAAUCCAACAUUUGUACGGUCCCUUCCUUUGCGUUGUCCCAUUGAGCACAAUGACUGCUUGGCAGCGGGAAUUUGAUCUCUGGGCUCCCGACAUGAAUGUUGUCACCUAUUUGGGCGAUGUAAAGUCACGUGAACUGAUCCAGCAAUAUGAAUGGCAAUUCGAGGGUUCCAAAAGACUGAAAUUCAAUUGUAUUCUCACCACUUACGAGAUUGUCCUCAAGGAUAAACAAUUUUUGGGUACUCUACAGUGGGCAGCUCUGCUUGUCGAUGAAGCGCAUCGUCUAAAGAAUGAUGAUUCCUUGCUGUACAAGUCCCUAAAGGAAUUUGAUACAAAUCAUAGACUGUUGAUUACCGGCACACCGCUUCAGAAUUCCCUGAAAGAGCUCUGGGCCUUGCUACAUUUCAUUAUGCCGGAGAAAUUCGAUACGUGGGAGAACUUUGAGCUGCAGCACGGCAAUGCCGAGGACAAAGGCUAUACGAGGCUGCAUCAACAAUUGGAGCCCUACAUUUUGAGGCGUGUCAAAAAGGAUGUGGAGAAAUCUUUGCCCGCCAAAGUGGAGCAAAUAUUGCGAGUGGAGAUGACUUCGUUGCAAAAGCAAUAUUACAAAUGGAUUCUCACCAAGAAUUUUGAUGCCUUGCGCAAGGGCAAACGUGGAUCAACCUCAACCUUCCUCAACAUUGUAAUCGAAUUGAAAAAAUGCUGCAACCAUGCGGCAUUAAUACGGCCAUCGGAAUUCGAACUGAUGGGUCUGCAGCAGGAUGAAGCUCUCCAGACGCUACUCAAAGGGUCUGGUAAGCUCGUGCUUCUGGACAAGCUCUUGUGCCGCCUGAAAGAGACUGGGCAUCGCGUUUUAAUUUUCUCGCAAAUGGUUCGUAUGCUCGAUGUGUUGGCGGAUUAUCUGCAAAAGCGUCACUUCUCCUUUCAACGGCUGGAUGGUAGCAUCAAGGGGGAGAUGCGUCGUCAGGCUUUGGAUCAUUUCAAUGCCGAGGGCAGUCAGGAUUUCUGCUUCCUUUUGUCCACUCGUGCCGGUGGUUUGGGUAUUAACUUGGCCACAGCUGAUACGGUUAUUAUUUUCGAUUCAGAUUGGAAUCCGCAGAACGAUUUACAAGCUCAGGCUCGUGCCCAUCGGAUUGGCCAAAAAAAUCAGGUGAAUAUCUAUCGUUUGGUCACCGCUCGGUCUGUGGAAGAGCAAAUUGUUGAACGAGCCAAGCAGAAAAUGGUACUGGAUCAUUUGGUCAUUCAACGCAUGGAUACCACGGGACGGACUGUGCUGGAUAAAAGUGGAAGUGGCCAUUCAACCAAUUCGAAUCCUUUUAAUAAGGAUGAUUUGUCGGCUAUUUUGAAAUUUGGUGCAGAAGAAUUGUUCAAGGACGAGCAGGAGCAUGACGACGAAUUGGUCUGUGACAUUGACGAGAUUUUGCGGAGAGCGGAGACGCGUAAUGAGGAUCCCGAGAUGCCAGCCGAUGAUUUGUUAUCUGCCUUUAAGGUGGCCAGCAUAGCAGCCUUCGAGGAGGAACCUACAGCAUCAGGAGGAGGGGAGUCCGGGAACAAACCUGAACACGAGAAUCCCGACGACGAAGAUGAUAGCAAGGAUUGGGAUGAUAUCAUACCAGAAGGUUUUCGCAAAGUAAUCGAAGAUCAAGAGCGCGCCAAGGAAAUGGAGGACUUGUAUUUGCCACCCCGAAGAAAAACUCAAACGGCGAAUCAGAACGAAAAGGGCAAGAGAGGAGCUGGAGCUAAAGGUAAACAGGCGGGCGGUGAAGAUUCUGCCGACUCCGACUAUGAGAUGGGCUCCGAUGCCAGCGGCGAUGAAGGCGGCCGACCACGAAAACGUGGACGUCCCGCCAUGAAGGAGAAAAUCACCGGAUUCACAGAUGCCGAAUUGCGUCGGUUUAUUCGCUCGUACAAAAAGUUCCCUGCUCCUCUAUUGCGCCUGGAGGCAAUUGCAUGUGAUGCCGAGCUGCAGGAGAAGCCACUGGCGGAACUGAAGCGAAUCGGCGAGCUGAUACAUGAUCGUUCUGUGCAGUUCUUAGAAGAGCACAAGGAGGAAGAGCUUAAGACUGUCCCCGAUGACAAGGAUACGACGGCGGGUGCCAAGCAGCGCCGCAACCGGGCCACAUACUCGGUAAAGCUGGGCGGUGUCUCCUUUAAUGCCAAAACGUUGCUCACCUGCGAACAGGAGUUGCAACCGCUCAACGAAAUUAUGCCCAGUGCAGCACACGAGCGACAGCAAUGGGUAUUCAAUAUACGCACCCGCCCGGCCACAACUUUCGAUGUCGAGUGGGGCGUGGAGGAGGACACAAAGCUGCUGUGUGGCAUCUAUCAAUAUGGCAUCGGUUCAUGGGAGCAAAUGAAGCUGGAUCCCACGUUGAAGCUCUCGGAUAAGAUUCUCCUCAAUGACACACGCCGGCCGCAGGCGAAGCAUUUGCAGCAACGCGCCGAGUACCUUUUGAAGAUGAUCAAAAAGAAUGUUGAACUGACAAAGGCCAAGAGCGAGGGAAAGCAUCGCCAACGACGUCCGCGAAAAACGCGAGCGGCUGAGGCAAAGUCAGGGAACAGCGCUAAUCCCACAGCAAAUAGUGGAACUCCUCCAGAGGAAUCAAAGGACACAAAUAAACCAGAGCCCUCGGCUGUGACCUGCACGGAUGGCGAAUCCGAUUGUGCCAGCCCCGCCAGAAAGAAGGCAAAAGCAAAGAAGACGAAGAAAUCAAAAGCCCGCUCAUCAAAGAAAAUAAAUGCCUCGGAUAAUAAUGGUAACAAGCCGAUGCAUUUUACAGCCAACAACGAACCGCGUGCCCUGGAGGUGCUCGGCGAUCUCGAUCCAAGCAUAUUCAAUGAAUGCAAGGAGAAAAUGCGUCCGGUGAAAAAAGCCCUCAAGGCACUAGAUCAACCCGAUGUUAGUUUAUCCGAUCAGGAUCAGUUGCAGCACACACGCGAUUGUCUUUUGCAAAUUGGCCGACAGAUUGAUGUGUGCCUGCAGCCGUAUGGUGAUCCAGAGAAGAAGGAAUGGCGCAGUAAUCUAUGGUACUUUGUAUCCAAGUUUACAGAAUUGGAUGCCAAGCGUUUGUUCAAAAUCUAUAAGCAUGCUUUGAAACAGGAAUCUGGCGGAGGCGGCGGCGGCGGCGGUGCAACUGCAGAGGCGGAUAAGGCUAGCAAGGAGAAAACAAAGGAUGCCAAAGAUUCGAUCGCCAACAAAGCGAAAAGAAAUGGUUUACCUUCCGAGAAGGAGAAAGAUCGUGAUAAGAGCGCCAAAAAGAAAAAGAAGGACAAGGAAAAGGAUCGGGAGGGUGUUGGCGGUGUCGGCAAUCAAUCCCGUUUUGGCCCUGGUUCUGGUGGGCCAAACUCAGGACGUUUUACCAAUGACUCGCCAAUAAAGCGUAAACGUGAUGAAAUCGAUCCCGAGGCCAGCAGUGCCUUGGGUAUACCUGGUAGCGGUUCUGGUAUAAGCGAUAACCUCAAAUCCAUGUCCUUUAAACGACUUAAUAUGGAGCGUAGCGAAGAGCGUAAGAAGCAUCAUCGCAGUGAAGAUUAUUAUGCGAGCGGUGGAGCCCAUCCCGGUGUCGUUUAUGAGGGUGGAUCACGCCGUUCUGGCUUGAAUUCACCAUCGACACCGAACAGCCGGGGUGGAGUCGGAGCCGGCCGUGGUGGCUAUGAACCCCCACCCACGCCAUCGGGAUACACGCCUGAAAUGGAGCGUUGGCAUGCCAGGGACCGGUACAGCCUUGACUAUAAACGCGAUCGUUACGAUUCUGGAUAUGCCCGCAGUGGACCUCCUGGUGGCUAUCAUCGAGAUCACCGUGAUCAUCGCGAGCGUGAUCGAGACCGUCGUCCAGAUAAGCGAAGAUACCCAUCUGCUCAUCUACCGCCGCAUCCAUACUCAAGUCACUACCUGCCGCCCAGUUACUAUAUGCCGCCAAAUGGUGUGGUCUCCGGACUGCCACCGCCUCCGGGCUAUCGUGGUGAUCCGCGUGGCUAUCCAAUAAUGCCACGUGACUAUCCAGCCGACUACAGACGCAGUGACUACGAGCGACGUACUCAAACGUGAGCAGUAGCAAUUGCAUUGGCGUCGAUUGUACAUAUUGAGAGAUUAGAUUUAAGUGUGACGAUGAUGAAGAGUGCUGCAUGUUAAAAACUACACACACACACACAAACACACAACGCAUAGAAGAACAGUAAGAUAGAAAGAAAAAACAAAACAAACAAACCUACAUUGCAGCUCUUAUAAGAUGUAAAAUCUAGUAGUUAUUUAUAUUGUACUAUAAAUUAUAACAAAUCCGAUAUCGAUCGCACAUUGCAUUGUAGGUAAUAUCAAGUUUAAAUCUAAUCUUACAUUUAAAAUUGUGUAUAAAAAAACAAUCAGCAUAGAAAUUCAUUUUGUUUAUUCAUUUAAUUUUUUCCCCCAAAAAAUGUUUAUUUUAAUAUCAUUGAGCAUGUACAGUUCUGACAAAGAAAAGAAACUGUGCUACGCAUGAGAGGAGAAAGCUUUUAAAAACAACAAAAUUCUCACUAUUUUUAAAUAAACACAUACAUUUUGAAAUACACAAAAAAGCUAAAGCAAUUUCAGGCCAUUGUUGAACUGAAGCAUGAAACUUGAAUCCUGUAAAGAUUUGUUCAAUGUCUGCAUUCUAAUUUUAUAUAUAUAUUACCAAA